GGCAAGCCGCUUCCUGGUUCUCAGAAAGAAGGAGCUGGGAGUCGGAGUGGGCCAGCGGAGGCAGCACACAGGGGGUCAGAGCAGCCCAGAGAGCCGGCGGUCUGCAGAGACAAGAGACGAGAGGACCUACAAGAAAAACGCCGACGUACGAUUUGGUGAAGAUUAGGCUAAAACCUCCCGGGUGUCGAUCUGAGGACGAAAGCAGCGGUGACCCCCGGUGGAGAAGAAAAGACAAGAGCUGUGAGGAUAAAAAAAGAAGAAGAAGUAGGCAGGGUGGGACGGAAUAAUCCAGGAAGUGUGGAGGACGGUCAGGUGGGAGGCGACGAGUCUGAACAGGUGACACACCGGCACCCAGGUGUAUGACCUCUGCUGAUCUCCGGGCAAAGGACCAAAGAGGAGGGGGACGAGCAAGAGGCAGAAGAAAGCAGGCACCCAUCUUCUCCUGGGUUUAUGGACCGGAGGUGGCAAUGUCUCCAGGAGAGGACGGUCUGAUUGGGAUCCCCUUCCCGGAGCACAGCAACGAGCUCUUGUCCCACCUAAAUGACCAGAGGAGGACAGGACUACUCUGUGACCUCACUCUGACGUCCCGCGGUGCACGCUACCCAACUCAUCGCUCUGUCAUGGCCGCCGUCAGUCUUUACUUCCGCCGGCUGUUCGGGGCAGAGGAGGGGGGCGGUGAGGGCGGAGGAGGUUUCAGCGUGUGCCAGCUGGACUGUGUGGCACCCGACGCUCUGGAUGCCCUGCUGGAGUUCGCCUACACUGCCACCCUGACCAUCCCCAGCUCUGGGAUGAGAGAUGUGCUGCGAGGGGCUCAGCUUCUCGGCAUCCAGUGUGUGGCUGACGCAUGCAGAGACAUCCUGGGGGAGACGGCUCAGGCGGAGGGGGAGACGGCAGAGGAACAGAGAGCCCAACACACAGCUACUGAGAGGAUGGUGGGGGGAGAGAGCAGGGUGGAGAGAGGGUCCCGAAGAAAAACGGACAAAAAGAAGGUGAAAAAGGUUGGGUCACAUCACAUCAACUCCUCGGUUUUGAACCCACCACCUGCUUCUCCCGUCUCGCACCCUUCACCUGCACCCGACAGCCUUCGCUCCCUGCCGUCUACCCAGCCUCCGAGCCCUGAACAGGAGGAGCUUCGCUUCAAAUCCAGGCAGAACGGAGAUUCCAGUGCGAUCAGAAAGCCAGGUAGAGGGGCCACACUAAAUGGAGGGCUUCUUCACUGGCUGCAUGAGCGCCCCCAUAUAGCCCAUCCUCCUCCUGUCCCGCCCUUGAAUGACAAGCUGUCAGAGGAUGAGGACAUGGAGGGUUUUGGCGACGAUGGUAUGCUGAUGGAAAGCACCUCCUUACCUACCUCUGUAGCUGAUCGAAGAGCGGUGGCAUCAGCAGCGGGAGGUGGGAGGAAGAGGAAGUCUCAGACGCCCCAGCAGUGCCCUGUUUGUCAGAAGAUCAUCCAUGGAGCAGGAAAACUGCCCCGACACAUGAGGACACACACUGGAGAGAAGCCCUUCCAGUGCACUGCUUGCGGAGUCCGUUUCACCCGGAAUGAUAAGUUGAAGAUCCACAUGAGGAAACACACUGGUGAGCGUCCUUACCCCUGCCCGCACUGCCCUGCCCGGUUUCUCCACUCAUACGACCUCAAAAACCACCUGUCCCUCCACAGUGGGGCGAGGCCCUUCGAGUGCCCGCUCUGCCACAAGGCCUUUGCCCGAGAGGACCACCUCCAGCGUCACCGCAAGGGACACAGCUGCCUGGAGCUGCGCACACGCCGGCCCAGACGUGGGGCUGAGCUUGGGGAGGAUGGGAGUGAGGAAGGAGGCGGGAGAGAGCAGUCCAACCCUCUGGAGGCUCUGUCUUUACAGGCCCACUCCUCAGCGUUUCUCUCUCGCACGAUGCUGGAUGGUGGGAGUGGAUCUGGUGUCGGCCCCCCACUGAUGUUUCCAAGUGACGUCGAGAGGGAGCGGUCUCUCGCCCUUCAGGCUUUGGCUCAACUUGGGCCUCACAGGCUGGCGGGCUACCCUGAGCUCUUCCUGCGAGGUCUGGAGCUGCGAGGGGGCAGAGAGGCAGAGGGAGAAGAUCCAGGAGGAACCCACUCGCCGGCUGCGCAGCGUGACCGAUGGGCUGACGAAGUUGAAGAGGAAAUUGGAGAACAAGAAGCGGAGGAGGAGGAAUAGUGAAAAGAGGGUGUGUGUGUGUGUGUGUGUGUGUAUACCUGUGCGUGUCUGUGUGGUAAAGCAUCCACAGUAAAAAAAAAUCUCACUCAGGUGGCUGGACUAAUGACCUUCUGCUCCAAUAUAGAGAGCGCUUAAAAAAAAUAAAAAACAACUAAAUGUUAUUAAAAGAAAAAAAUGGAAAACGGGUUUUCUUAGAUAUUUUAAAUGUUUGUCUUCUGGCUCUUGGCAUUUUGAUUUAAUUUGUCUUUUAGAUUUUGUUUCUCGUUUGCUGUUUAAUUUGAUGUAUUUCAGGUUUGAGCUGUUUGAUUUGAUUUUUCUAGCUGGACAUGCGUGUGUUGCGUGUGUGGUAACUGGGAUGCUUUUCACUAUGCAAACUAAAAUCCAGAACUGCGACAUGAAGGGAUCUUUAAAGAUGUUUAUUUUAGUUACAACACAAAUGUAUUGAUUCAGGUGCAAUUCAAAGGUCAUAGCUCCUAGAUCACAAUAAUGAGUUUGUGUGCCCGCUGUCCUCUGGUGGUUAUCAGUAGAAAGGCAGUGUAAUUAAUCAAACUCCUGUACAUUGUCAGCAAUAAUGUUCGUUGUGUCUUUUCUUAGUGGUAAUCUUUGCUUUGACUUGGUGCUUAAACCAAAGAUUUUUAGUUCAUAUGUUUUCUUAAGUCUUAAGUUAACAGGAGAGGAGAGAGGUGAAUUGUAGCCAAUGUUGGGUUUGAAGAGAAGACUCUUCCCAACUGUUUUGAUAGCCAUGAGAAAGAAUCUGCUUCCACGUUUGAGUGUUUCAGAGCCGUAGAGCUCUGUGUUAAAUGCCUGACCAAAAUAGACAAAGUCUGGGUCAAUGAGUUAAUGUUGAUUAUGUUGAUGACAUAUCUUCCUUUCCCAAAGGCUGUGGAUUAUCAAUGCACUCAUUUGGGUUCCUUGUUUGAAAAGAAAUAUGAAAAAGGGGCAAAAAAGUGAGGGGAUGAAAGAGUUGGCAUUCCCCCUUUUCUGUACUUAUUUAUUUAUUGUUAUUUAUUAUGGUUCUUCUGCUGAAACUCUUUUAUAAGACCAAAUCCAAGGGUGGGACACAGAUCACAAGUCUUACAAAAAGCUGCAUUGCGCUAAAGAUUUUGACUCAACAUCUCCAUAUAAGUAAACGCCUUUUUUAUGGGCUGCGUGUCUUCUUUUGACGAUUCUUCCUCAAAUGCAUUCUUUGCACAUUUAACCCUGUCAGGUACUGCAAUAAUACAGGCACAUUCCAUCCUCCAGGGUAGAGAGAAGGGAACAGAGCAAAGAAGAAGUCAGGGGGUUUAAAACCUUCGAUGAAACUGGAACACAAAAUGACUUGUUGUUUGACAUGUUCAGCAUGCUUUUCUGUUGUUAAUUUAACAUGCAUAGUAGUGUAACACAUGUUAACAUGGCAGUUCUUAUAGAUCGGCCACCGCACUUCUAAAGGGGCCAUUAUCAUUUGAGUUAAUCUAUCUUCGACCAAAAACCUUUUUAGUUGCAUCAUGCUUUCCCUGGACCAGUACAUUAAGGCCUUUUGCAGGGUGUAAUGCAAUCAUUAAUGGUUUUAAACGACAGCAGAUGUCUUUUUAGUUCCAAAUCUCUUGAAAACCAUGUAUUGAGAACUUGCUGUAGCAGUCAUGCUGGUCUGACUCUGUGUGCACUAUCCGUUCCUUGUUGUGUAGUAAACCUUUUUUUUAAUUUCCAGUUUAUUUGCACUUUGAGAUUUGAGAGCUUCAAGCCUUUUUGUCUGACCUUCAAUAUCUAGUCCAUUAACUCACUCAAUACCAUUUAAGAUUGUGAUUGAAAUACUUCUUUAAAACCUGCAUACAUAGAAUAUUCUUCCUCCUGCAUAAUAGUACGGAGUUAUAGUCAAUAUAUUAUAUAUUGGGAUGAAGUUGCCUUAGAUUUUUUUUUUUGAGCUGCAACUACUCUCAGGAAAUCUUGAGCAAUGCACUAAGUGAUUAUACACAAUAUAAAAUGGGAAGAAUGGUUUGGUGCUGUCGGGUGACUGACACUCUUCAUGUAAGUGUAAGGCCAGUAGUUUCAAAAUAAGAGAUUUUGUAUCAUUUGACGAUUUAAAAACUAAAUGAAUUAAACAUAUUAUGAUAUUAAAAAUAGGGAAAUUAUAGGUAUGAUAGUAAACUCCUGGCCUUACUGGAACCAGUCCUACUGGAAUGGCAGUAUGACAGUUGGUACUGUCCAUGAAGGGUGUUGGUGCUCCCAGUCGGAGCUUUGUGAAUGAAUGAGAGUUAACUGAUGCCAGCUGUGAAGUGUGUUUCUUUGUGAGCUGUUUGUUUUCUUGGCUUCGGUGAGGGGACAUGGGGUCUGGUCUGUGUAGAGACCCCGCUAUCAGGGAUACAUUUUUGUCUUUCAGUUUUUAGUGGAACCUUUUCAGAGAUAUUAAUUAAUUUUCCCAUCAUUUGUUUCAAUAAAUGUAAAGAAAAUAAAUAAACAUAUCUCAGCUUGA